AUGGUGUCAGAAGAGCUGGGGAUAAGUGGGUACCACCAGUCCUCCUGGGGGCCCAGGUAGCUGGGUGAGUCGGAUGUGGGCAAGGAGGGCGAUGGGUGUGGCAGGGGGACAAUUACUGGAAACGAUCCCCUGUAUGGCUCCCUCUGCAGCAGCUGAAAGCUGGCUGCUUCUCCUCUCCCUCCUGCUGGCUUUCAACUGCUGCAGAGAGAGCCAUACAGGGGAUUGGUUCCAGUAUAUGCCUUCUGUCACACCCAUCACCCUCUCUGUGCACCAUACGUUUCUCCGCUGCUGUCCAGGCCCCCCUGUAUGCCCCUACCCCUGUAGUGCUGCUGGCUUCCCUCCUUUUCUUCCCACCAGCAGCUGCAAGCAGACAAUAGGAUCCUUCAGGAUGGAGAGUGGGGGAAGGGUCCAGUAAAUAUGUCACAUUUACCAGCCCCUUCCUUUCUUCA